UGUCCCCCACUGCAGUAAUCUCCGCCCGAGCGCACGGGCCCGGCCUUGGACAACCGGAGGGGAGGGCCAGGGGCGGAGCAGGCUGGGCAGCCGCAAGAAGAGGAAGCGCCGCUGCUGCUGGGGCGGCCCCGGAACGUGUCGCUGGCUGCAGCAGAUUCGGCACCGUCUGGAUCCCGGGGAAGCAGCAGGACGGAGUCAGCUGCCGGGCUCCUUCCCCCCGAGCUCCCCUAGGGUGUAUGCGCCGCUUCCCAGCCCUGCAUCGCCGGGCGCUUCCCCCUCCCCGUGUGUGUGCCGCAUCCCGCCGUCCGGAGCUGCCUUUGCUGCUAUGAGGCUGCUGGAGACCGAUCUGCAGGUCCUGACCCGGGAGCUGUCCCUGUACCUGGAGAUCCAGGUGCCGGCGGGGCUCUUCGGUUCCGGUGUGGGCUUGUCCCUGGUGCUGGGCUUCAGCGCCGCCUUCGCCUGCUAUUACCUCAGUAGCAUCGCCAAGAAACCUCAGUUGGUGACUGGCAGUGAGAGCUUCAGCCGCUUUCUCCAAGAACAUUGUCCUGUAGUGACAGAAACUUACUACCCCACAGUAUGGUGCUGGGAGGGCCGGGUGCAGACCCUCUUGCGUCCCUUCAUCACCUCAAGAUCCCCAGUGCAGUACAGGAAUGAGCUUAUUAAAACACCAGAUGGAGGACAGAUUUCACUGGAUUGGUUUGAUAAUAAUGACAGCAUAUGUUUUCCGGAUGCCAGCACAAGACCCACUAUCCUAUUACUGCCUGGCCUCACAGGAACAAGCAAGGAAUCCUACAUUCUUCACAUGAUCCAACAGAGUGAAAGGCUGGGAUAUAGAUGUGUGGUUUUUAACAACCAAGGAACUGCUGGUGAGACUCUCUUGACACCAAGGACUUACUGUGCUGCUAACACAGAGGAUUUGGAAGCUGUUAUUCAUCAUAUACACAACAUGCAUGCCUCAGCUCCAUUUAUGGCAGCAGGUGUUUCUAUGGGAGGCAUGCUUCUUUUAAAUUACCUGGGCCAAACUGGCCAAGAAACUCCUUUGAUGGCAGCUGCAAUUUUCUCGGCCGGUUGGAAUGUUUUUGAGUCUGCAGAAUCAUUGGAGAAACCACUAAAUUGGCUUCUCUUUAACUACUACUUGACUACUUGUUUACAGUCCUCUAUUAGUAGACAUCGACAAACGUUAGAGAAAUUAUUUGAUCUGAAUCUUGUCAUGAAGGCUAAAACCAUUAGGGAGUUUGAUAAGCAAUUCACCUCAGUCAUGUUUGGCUACCGUACACUUGAUGAUUACUAUGUAGAUGCUAGUCCAUGUCGCAAGCUGAAGUCAAUAGGAAUUCCAGUGUUAUGUCUAAACGCUCUGGAUGAUGUUUUUUCACCAGGUCAUGCUAUACCCAUAGAAACUGCCAAACAAAAUCCAAAUGUUGCUUUGGUUCUUACUUCUUGUGGAGGCCACAUUGGUUUUCUAGAAGGAAUGUGGCCAAGGAAGUGUACUUACAUGGACAGAGUCUUCAAGCAGUUUGUGCAGGCUGUGUUUGAGCAUGAAAACCAAAUCUGCAGCAUGUAGCUCUUCUGAGGCAUCUUGUC